AUGUGCGGCAAUCCGAACACGCGUCUGCUCUCGCGGCUGGUCAUCGACUUCCUCAUCCUGCUGGGGGUCUACGGAGCGGCCCUGGUGGUGCUGCCCCAGCAGCUCUCCACCGCCCGGCGGGGCUUUCACUGCGGCGACCCCGGCCUGCAGUACCCCUACCGCCAGCCCUGGCUGACCAAGGUGCACCUGACCAUCGCGGUGGUGGCCCUGCCCGCGGCCUUCGUGCUCGUGGUGGAGAUGCUCCGGGCCGCCGUGGUGCCCACUGCCUCGGAGCUGCGGCAGCGGUUCGUCUUCGUGGGCGUGCGCAUCCCCAGCUUCAUCAGCGAGUGCUACAAGGCCAUCGGCGUCUACCUGUUCGGCCUUGGACUGACCUUGCUGGCGAUCCGGCUGACCAAGCACUCGACUGGCAGGUUGAGGCCCCACUUCCUCGACGUCUGCCAGCCGACGUGGGGCGAGGAGGGGGAGGAGAGCUGCGCCGGGCUGUCGGGGGGGAACUCCACCUUGUUCCUGGAGGACUUCGCCUGCACGGAGUUCGCCGCCUCGCAGGACCUGCUCGCCGUGGUGCGCCACUCCUUCCCCAGCGGCUUCGCCUCCACAAGCUGCUACGCCAUGGGCUUCCUGGUAUUUUACGCCCAGGCGAGGCUGUUCGCCCCCUGGCUCAGGUUGGCCAGGGCCACGCUGCAGCUGGCCUGCGGAUCGGUGGCCCUGGUGGUGUGCUGGGAGCGCAUCUCCACCCACCAGAACCACCCGUCGGACGUGGCGGCGGGAGCGGCGCUCGGGUGGGCGGUGGCCGCCUUCGCCACCGUCUCCGUGGCCAACUUGUUCGCGGAGGUGCGGGUGAAGCGCCGCCAGUGGCCAAGAAACGAGCAGAUCUACGGCUACGCCGGCUACUACAACAGGGCCACCUUCGGCUACUGAUCGGUAGCUAGUUAGUAAGCUAGUCUUAGUUACGGUAAUAAAA